AUGAAGAUCAUUGAAAGAAAUGUGAUGCGUCUGGCUGUUGUGCAACACCUUCGUGCUGCUUAUGGGAUAAAGACGAAGAAUUGGAACAAAAACAAAGCACACACCAGCUGCAAGUUGACAGUUAACCAUUCGGUAAGUCUGUUUUGUUUAGAUUGCAAGCUAGAUACACACGAGAAACGUGCAUAAUUUUAGACAGAAGUGUCAAACUUUGGUUGUAAAACUGCCUGGAUUAGUCAGCUGGCUAAAUUACUUGUUUGUGAACCAUCCUGCCUGACUAAUUUCCAUCGGUCGGUGCACUUUCACCUAGCCCUUGGCUUGAUCAUGACUCAGUUCCAUUACAUGACACAAGUCAUUGGACGAAGGCGUCUUCUGUAGUUUUUUUUUGUUAAGAUCACGGAAGCUCAGUCUGAACAUUAACAUGCAUCGCUUGCGGUACGGUUUUGGAAGAAUAAGGACCUUAUCUUUCAUAUCAGCGAGAAAUAAUAAAAAACAAACACGUUUAAAUUGAUACACACCUUGUUAGUGUUCCCACACAGCCAUAUAUCCAUGUUACAUUGCAUGUUAAUGGAAGACAAGAGGCAACCACCUGUGAUAAUUAACGUUAGCUACAGUUGAAGUCGAAAGUUUACAUACGCUUAGGUUGGAGUCUUUAAAACUCGUUUUUCAACCACUCCACAAAUGUCUUGUUAACAAACUAUAGUAUUUCACUUUCAAUUCACUGUAUCACAAUUCCAGUGGGUCAGAAGUUUACAUACACUAAGUUGACUGUGCCUUUUAAACCGCUUGGAAAAUUCCAGAACAUGAUGUCAUGGCUUUCGAAGCUUCUGAUAGGCUAAUUGACAUAAUUUGAGUCAAUUGGAGGUGUACCUGUGGAUGUAUUUCAAGGCCUACCUUCAAACUCAGUGCCUCUUUGCUUGACAUCUUGGGAAAAUCAAAAGAAAUCAGCCAAGACCUCAGAAAAAAUAUUGUAGACCUCCACAAGUCUGGUUCAUCCUUGGGAGCAAUUUCCAAACGCCUGAAGGUACCACGUUCAUCUGUACAAACAAUAGUACGCAAGUAUAAACACCAUGGCACCACGCAGCCGUCAUACCGCUCAGGAAGGAGACGCGUUCUGUAUCCUAGAGAUUAACGUAGUUUGGUGCGAAAAGUGCAAAUCUAUCCCAGAACAACAGCAAAGGAUCUUGUGAAGAUGCUGGAGGAAACCGGUACAAAGUAUCUAUAUCCACAGUAAAACGAGUCCUAUAUCGACAUAACCUGAAAGGCCGCUCAGCAAGGAAGAAGCCACUGCUCCAAAACCGCCAUAAAAAAGCCAGACUACGGUUUGCAUCUGCACAUGGGGACAAAUAUUGUACUUUUUGAAUAGAAUAGAACUGUUUGGCCAUAGGAAAAAGGGGGGAGCUUGCAAGCCGAAGAACACCAUCCCAACCGUGAAGCACGGGGGUGGCAGCAUCAUGCUGUGGGGGUGCUUUGCUGCAGGAGGGACUGGUGCACUUCACAAAAUAGAUGGCAUCAUGAGGAAGGAAAAUUAUGUGGAUAUAUUGAAGCAACAUCUCAAGACAUCAGUCAGGAAGUUAAAGCUUGGUCGCAAAUGGGUCUUCCAAAUGGACAAUGACCCCAAGCAUACUUCCAAAGUUGUGGCAAAAUGGCUUAAAGACAACAAAGUCAAGGUAUUGGAGUGGCCAUCACAAAGCCCUGACCUCAAUCCUAUAGAAAAUGUGUGGGCAGAACUGAAAAGGCGUGUUCGAGCAAGGAGGCCUACAAACCUGACUCAGUUACACCAGCUCUGUCAGGAGGAAUGGGCCAAAAUUCACCCAACUUAUUGUGGGAAGCUUGUGGAAGGCUACCCGAAACAUUUAAAGUUAAACAAUUUAAAGGCAAUGCUACCAAAUACUAAUUGAGUGUAUGUAAACUUCUGACCCACUGGGAAUGCGAUGGAAGAAAUAAAAUCUGAAAUAAAUCAUUCUCUCUACUAUUAUUCUGACAUUUCACAUUCUUAAACUAAAGUGGUGAUGCUAACUGACCUAAGACAGGGAAUUUUUACUAGGAUUAAAUGUCAGGAAUUGUGAAAAACUGAGUUUAAAUGUAUUUGGCUAAGGUGUAUGUAAACUUCAGACUUCAACUGUAUCUAGCAUCCUCUGAACACCUGUGUGUAAGCGUACAGUAACUCGGGAAGUGAAGCAGAAGUGUAGUUUUGUUGGAUGGAGGCACCCAUAGAGGUAUGUACAGUAUCUCACAAAAGUGAGUACACCCCUCACAUUUUUGUAAAUAUUUGAGUAUAUCUUUUCAUGUGACAACACUGAAGAAAUGACACUUUGCUACAAUGUAAAGUAGUGAGUGUACAGCUUGUAUAACAGUGUACAUUUGCUGUCCCCUCAAAAUAACUUAACACACAGCCAUUCAUGUCUAAACCACUGGCAACAAAAGUGAGUACACCCCUAAGUAAAAAUGUCCAAAUUGGGCCCAAUUAGCCAUUCCCCCCCCCCCCCCCCCCCCCCCCCCCCCCGGUGUCAUGUGACUUGUUAGUGUUACAAGGUCUCAGGUGUGAAUGGGGAGCAGGUGUGUUAAAUUUGGUGGCAUCGCUCUCACACUCCCUCAUACUGGUCACUGGAAGUUCAACAUGGCACCUCAUGGAAAAGAACUCUCUGAGGAUCUGAAAAAAAGAAUUGUUGUUCUACAUAAAGAUGGCCUGGGCUAUAAGAAGAUUGCCAAGACCCUGAAACUGAGCUGCAGCACGUUGGCCAAGACCAUACAGCGGUUUAACAGCACAGGUUCCACUCAGAACAGGCCUCACCAUGGUCGACCGAAGAAGUUGAGUGCACGUGCUCAGCGUCAUAUCCAGAGGUUGUCUUUGGGAAAUAGACGUAUGAGUGCUGCCAGCAUUGCUGCAGAGGUUGGAGGGGUGGGGGGUCAGCCUGUCAGUGCUCAGACCAUACGCCGCACACUGCAUCAAAUUGGUCAGCAUGGCUGUCAUCCCAGAAGGAAGCCUUUUCUAAAGAUGAUGCACAAGAAAGCCCGCAAACAGUUUGCUGAAGACAAGCAGACUAAGGACAUGGAUAACUGGAACCAUGUCCUGUGGUCUGAUGAGACCAAGAAACGUAUUUGGUUCAGAUGGUGUCAAGCGUGUGUGGCGGCAACCAGGUGAGGAGUACAAAGACAAGUGUGUCUUGCCUACAGUCAAGCAUGGUGGUGGGAGUGUCAUGGUCUGGGGCUGCAUGAGUGCUGCCGGCACUGGGGAGCUACAGUUCAUUGAGGGAACCAUGAAUGCCAACAUGUACUGUGACAUACUGAAGCAGAGCAUGAUCCCCUUCCUUCGGAGACUGGGCCGCAGGGCAGUAUUCCAACAUGAUAACGACCCCAAACACACCUCCAAGACGACCACUGCCUUGCUAAAUAAGCUGAGGGUAAAGGUGAUGGACUGGCCAAGCAUGUCUCCAGACCUAAACCCUAUUGAGCAUCUGUGGGGCAUCCUCAAACGGAAGGUGGAGGAGUGCAAGGUCUCUAACAUCCACCAGCUCCGUGAUGUCGUCAUGGAGGAGUGGAAGAGGACUCCAGUGGCAACCUGUGAAGCUCUGGUGAACCCCAUGCCCAAGAGGGUUAAGGCAAUGCUGGAAAAUGAUGGUGGCCACACAAAAUAUUGACACUUUGGGCCCAAUUUGGACAUUUUCACUUAGGGGUGUACUCACUUUUGUUGCCAGCGGUUUAGACAUUAAUGGCUGUGUGUUAUGUUAUUUUGAGGGGACAGCAAAUUUACACUGUUAUACAAGCUGUACACUCACUACUUUACAUUGUAGCAAAGUGUCAUUUCAAAUCAAAUCAAAUUUUAUUGGCCACAUGCGCCGAAUACAACAGGUGCAGACAUUACAGUGAAAUGCUUACUUACAGCCCUUAACCAACAGUGCAUUUAUUUUUAAUAAAAAAGUAGAAUAAAACAGCAAAAAAGUGUUGAGAAAAAAAGAGCAGAAGUAAAAUAUAAUAACAGUAGGGAGGCUAUAUAUACAGGGGGGUACCGGUGCGGGGGCACCGGCUAGUUGAAGUAAUAUGUACAUGUGGGUAGAGCUAACGUGACUAUGCAUAAAUAAUUAAGAGUAGCAGCAGCGUAAAAAGAUGGGGUGGGGGGGCAGUGCAAAUAGUCCGGGUAGCCAUGAUUAGCUGUUCAGGAGUCUUAUGGCUUGGGGGUAGAAGCUGUUGAGAAGUCUUUUGGACCUAGACUUGGCACUCCGGUACCGCUUGCCGUGCGGUAGCAGAGAGAACAGUCUAUGACUAGGGGGGCUGUAGUUACUGACAAUUUUGAGGGCCUUCCUCUGACACUGCCUGGUAUAGAGGUCCUGGAUGGCAGGAAGCUUGGCCCCAGUGAUGUACUGGGCCGUACACACUACCCUCUGUAGUGCCUUGCGGUCGGAGGCCAAGGAGUUGCCAUACCAGGCGGUGAUGCAUCCAGUAAGGAUGCUCUCGAUGGUGCAGCUGUAUAAUUUUUUUGAGGAUCUGAGGACCCAUGCCAAAUCUUUUCAGUCUCCUGAGGGGGAAUAGGCUUUGUCGUGCCCUCUUCACGACUGUCUUGGUGUGUUUGGACCAUGAUAGUUCGUUGGUGAUGUGGACACCAAGGAACUUGAAGCUCUCAACCUGUUCCACUACAGCCCCGUCGAUGAGAAUGGGGGCGUGCUCAGUCCUCUUUUUUUUUUCCUGUAGUCCACAAUCAUCUCCAUUGUCUUGGUCACGUUGAGGGAGAGGUUGUUAUCCUGGCACCACAUGGCCAGGUCUCUGACCUCCUCCCUAUAGGCUGUCUCAUCGUUGUCGGUGAUCAGGCCUACCACUGUUGUGUCGUCGGAAAACGUAAUGAUGGUGUUGGAGUCGUGCCUGGCCAUGCAGUCAUGGGUGAACAGGGAGUACAGGAGGGGACUGAGCACGCACCCCUGAGGGGCCCCCGUGUUGAGGAUCAGUGUGGCAGAUGUGUUGUUACCUACCCUUACCACCUGGGGGCGGCCCGUCAGGAAGUCCAGGAUCCAGUUGCAGAGGGAGGUGUUUGGUCCCAGGAUCCUUAGCUUAGUGAUGAGCUUUGAGGGCACUAUGGUGUUGAAUGCUGAGCUGUAGUCAAUGAAUAGCAUUCUCACGUAGGUGUUCCUCUUGUCCAGGUGGGAAAUGGCAGUGUGGAGUGCAAUAGAGAUUGCAUCAUCUGUGGAUCUGUUGGGGCGGUAUGCAAAUUGGAGUGGGUCUAGGGUUUCUGGGAUAAUGGUGUUGAUGUGAGCCAUGACCAGCCUUUCAAAGCACUUCAUGGCUACAGACGUCAGUGCUACGGGUCGGUAGUCAUUUAGGCAGGUUAUCUUAGAGUCCUUGGGCACGGGGACUAUGGUGGUCUGUUUGAAACAUGUUGGUAUUACAGACUCAGUCAGGGACAUGUUGAAAAUGUCAGUGAAGACACUUGCCAGUUGGUCAGCACAUGCUCGGAGUACACGUCCUGGUAAUCCGUCUGGCCCUGCAGCCUUGUGAAUGUUGACCUGCUUAAAAGUCUUACUCACAUCGGCUACGGAGAGCGUGAUCACAUAGUCAUCCGUAACAGCUGGUGCUCUCAUGCAUGCUUCAGUGUUGCUUGCCUCAAAGCGAGCAAAGAAGUGGUUGAGCUCGUCUGGAAGUCUUGUGACACUGGGCAGCUCGCGGCUGUGCUUCCCUUUGUAGUCUGUAAUAGUUUAAGCCCUGCCACAUCCGACGAGCGUCAGAGCCGGUCUUCAGUGUUGUCACAUGGAAAGAUAUACUCAAAUAUCUACAAAAAUGUGAGGGGUGUUCUUACUUUUGUCAGAUACUGUAUCUGUGCAAAACUGCUACAGUAUCUUAUUUAUUUAAAAAUUAUUCCACGCUGAUGAAAGAUAAGGGCCAUAUGUUUCGAAAGCCAUAUUGCUAUCGAUGAUUAUUGACUCUAAAAGUUCAAACACAGCUUCCGGAUUGUAGUUCAUGUGAGGCAGUAGUGGGCGAAGCUAAUGGCUGAGAACUGUACGGAGAAGGCAGAAUGCUGCCUAGAAUAUUCAAGAGCUAACUUUUACCCAGCCCCAUUUGUUAAGCCUGUCAUUGUAAUUGACUUUCAUUGUUGGAUUAAUGUUAGUCUGUCUGCUAGCCCAAGAUGUACUCUUAAGGAGCGUAAUGUUACUAUUAAUCCUUAAGGUCCAAGGACCUUAUGUUAUUUUCAGAGGUAGACUGACUCUGGCAGCCAAAUACUCAAUAUAAACGUGAAUCGAUUCUCAAUUGCGAUCGGGUUCUAGAAACAUAAAGCCCUUUACUUUCAUAUCAUGGCCGCGUUGGAACACUAACCCUAUACAUGUAUCAAUUUAAUGGUUUGGGAAAUGAUUUCUCGCUGAUAUGGAAGAUCCUUAUGCUCCCAAAACCGUACCGCAAUGCAAUGCGUGUUAAUGUUCAUACCGAGCAUCGAGGCUCUUAACAAAAGGACCCCGUACAGAAGAUGCCUUCGUCCAAUGACUCUUAUGUGUAAUGUAAUGGAACUGCAUGUCAUGAUCAAGGUCUAGUCUGUCAACCAGAAGUGAGUUGGAGGUUCACUCCCCAACAAGUAAUGUUUUUAAGGGGUGGGCUAGCCAUACUAGCUAGCUAUCUAUGAUGAAUGUAUGUUGCUAGCUAAGUGAAUUGUUCCUUGUUGUAAAUGAUUCAAAUACAUGACAAUGGAAGACACAUUUGGGGCUGUCUGCCCCGUGUUAUGACAAAUUCCUAAAAAGGCAUUCAUAUUAGCACAGACUGUUUUAUUGAGCUUGGUGAUGAGAUAGUGGUACAAGGAAUGCUCGCUUUGGCAGGUAGACCCAUUUUGAUUUAAGGCAAUUGGUUUUGUCCAUUUAACUCUUACAUUCUCUCAAAUGUACUGGCAGGAAAUCUACUAAAUAAAAGGCACAGGACUGUAGUAGGCUAUAGGCUGUUGUUUUUCAAAAGCACAUUGAAGCACUUGUUUUCUAGUCUCUCCCUCUAAAAUACUUAGAGAAAUGUUUGGCACUUGGCAGGCACAACAUACAGCUAGCUUAUAUUUGAUCAGGUGAUGAGUUUUAAACUACUGCCUUGGGCAGUGGAAUGCGUAACGUUCUAAACCAGUUGUCAUAGCCUGCUGCUGGAAAAGGACGAUUAACAUGUAAAGACUUGAGUGCCUUUUCACAUAUAUUUCUGUGGUGUGGUUUGAUUGAUGGGAUAUCAAAUCAAAGGUUAUUAGUGAGCUAGGCCGAUAUAGGAGGAUUAAACCAGCGGCCGUGCAAAGCCUUCUUUAUUGAAAUCAAACAUGAAGUGGAAAUAAGGACUUUUGUUUUUCCAGGUGAAAGUGUUUGGUGUACCGCUGGAGAGCCUUCCGCAGUACAAUGUGGAGAAUGGGAGUGUACCAUGGUAAGAUAAACACCUGUCUUAGAUGGUCUAGCUAUCUAACUCAAUAUUUUGUUGUCCUCUAUUUGCGCGUAUUCUGCCUAUUAUUUGUCCUUUUCAAGGUCUAAUGUUUCUCCCAUCCCCUUGCUCUCCCAGCUUUCUCAUGGAUGCGUGCACAAGUCUGCUAGAGCAUGUGGAUACAGAGGGCUUGUUCAGAAAGUCUGGUUCCAUUGUCCGCCUGAAAGCACUCCGGGUGAGUGAUGGCUGGAGGUUGACCCUGCUGGAGUUUUUUUAUUUUAUUUUUUAUUUCACAGUUGACCUUUGACCUGGCUGCUGGAAUAGUUUAACACAAGGCAUCAUUGUUUGUUUUGUCUCUGUAGGCGAAGUUGGAUAAGGAGUGCCUGUCCGCUGCCCUGCCGUGUGAUGUUGCUGGCCUGGUCAAGCAGUUCUUCAGGGAGCUACCAGAUCCUGUCCUGCCCACAGAGCUGCAUGAUGCCUUCCUCAAGGCCCAGCAGCUGCCCACAGAGGAAGAGAGGACCUCUGCCACCCUGCUGCUGUCCUGUGUACUGCCUGACAGAAACAUGAGCAUCCUACAUUAUUUCUUUGGCUUCCUCCACAAAGUCUCUCAGAGGUACGAUUUCACAAGUUUAUGUCUCGUAAUUAAAUAGUAUAUCUGUACCAGUUCGGACUUGGUCAAUCAUUCUUUCUCACCCUGGUUUUGCUUUGUCUCAGGAGUGCUGUGAAUAAGAUGGACAGCAGUAACCUGUCUGUGAUACUGGCUCCCAACCUUCUGCACGCUGGAGACGGGGCAGACAAGAUGAACGCCAGCACAGAGAAACGCCUCAAGCAACAGGCAGCCGUGGUCCACUGCCUUAUAGAACACGCUCUGGAUUUCGGUAACAGUUCAAGCUUUGUUAUUGUAGUUUCAUCAAUCAACUGGGGAUUAAAAGUUAAUGUCCAUAGCUCACAGUUUCGAAAUGUGUCUCUGUGUGUUAGGUGUGGUACCUCAGUACAUCAUGGAGAAGAUUCCAGCCAUGCUGGGCUGCGAGGCUGGUGUUCUCUCCCCUACUCUAGAUGGACUAGACGAGUUAGACACAAACUCUGGGGCCAAGAGGAGACACAGGCGCAGUUUAGGAGGUAAGAUACCAUGGAAAAACUGGGCAGGAUAUUGCCUGGUGUAGAAUUAAUUUAUUCUGUAUAGCAUUUGGUCAUUGAAAAUAUCCGAUGUUGUAGGCUUAUCGCUUUCUCAGUAAAGCUCCACUGAAUUUCAAAAUCUGGAAUAUUUUUUGUCUCGCAUUUCAGAUAUGGUCAAUGGAGCUCGGAAUAAGUUAAAAACAAAUAGAACACCCACAAAUACUCCCCAGUCAGACGGAUAUGGUAGGUAUCUAUUCAGGUUAGGUCACGCCUCCUGCUGUCAAAUGAGAGCGUCAAUGCCUCAUAGCUCUGACACAUAUUCAUCUCAUCCAACUUAUAACAAGGAAUCAGCUACUUGACUUUCACAGAAAUGCGCUUAAACUCUUAAUAAACUCUUAAUUUAAAUUUGAUCUCAGAUUGUUUUCAUUUGCUCAUACAGUGGGGGGGGGAAAGUAUUUAGUCAGCCACCAAUUGUGCAAGUUCUCCCACUUAAAAAUAUGAGAGAGGCCUGUAAUUUUCAUCAUAGGUACACGUCAACUAUGACAGACAAAAUGAGAAAACAUUUUCCAGAAAAUCACAUUGUAGGAUUUUUAAUUAAUUAAUUUGCUAAUUAUGUUGGAAAAUAAGUAUUUGGUCAAUAACAAAAGUUUCUCAAUACUUUGUUAUAUACCCUUUGUCGGCAAUGACACAGGUCAAACGUUUUCUGUAAGUCUUCACAAGGUUUUCACACACUGUUGCUGGUAUUUUGGCCCAUUCCUCCAUGCAGAUCUCCUCUAGAGCAGUGAUGUUUUGGGGCUGUCGCUGGGCAACACGGACUUUCAACUCCCUCCAAAGAUUUUCUAUGGGGUUAGAUCUGGAGACUGGCUAGGCCUCUCCAGGACCUUGAAAUGCUUCUUACGAAGCCACUCCUUCGUUGCCCGGGCGGUGUGUUUGGGAUUAUUGUCAUGCUGAAAGACCCAGCCACGUUUCAUCUUCAAUGCCCUUGCUGGUGGAAGGAGGUUUUCACUCAAAAUCUCACGAUACAUGGCCCCAUUCAUUCUUUCCUUUACACCGGAUCAGUCGUCCUGGUCCCUUUGCAGAAAAACAGCCCCAAAGCAUGAUGUUUCCACCCCCAUGCUUCACAGUAGGUAUGGUGUUCUUUGGAUGCAACUCAGCAUUCUUUGUCCUCCAAACACGACGAGUUGAGUUUUUACCAAAAAGUUAUAUUUUGGUUUCAUCUGACCAUAUGACAUUCUCCCAAUCCUCUUCUGGAUCAUCCAAAUGCACUCUAGCAAACUUCAGACAGGCCUGGACAUGUACUGGCUUAAGCAGGGGAACACGUCUGGCACUGCAGGAUUUGAGUCCCUGGCGGCGUAGUGUGUUACUGAUGGUAGGCUUUGUUACUUUGGUCCCAGCUCUCUGCAGGUCAUUCACUAGGUCCCCCUGUGUGGUUCUGGGAUUUUUGCUCACCGUUCUUGUGAUCAUUUUGACCCCACGGGGUGAGAUCUUGCGUGGAGCCCCAGAUCGAGGGAGAUUAUCAGUGGUCUUGUAUGUCUUCCAUUUCCUAAUAAUUGCUCCCACAGUUGAUUUCUUCAAACCAAGCUGCUUACCUAUUGCAGAUUCAGUCUUCCCAGCCUGGUGCAGGUCUACAAUUUUGUUUCUGGUGUCCUUUGACAGCUCUUUGGUCUUGGCCAUAGUGGAGUUUGGAGUGUGACUGUUUGAGGUUGUGGACAGGUGUAUUUUAUACUGAUAACAAGUUCAAACAGGUGCCAUUAAUACAGGUAACGAGUGGAGGACAGAGGAGCCUCUUAAAGAAGAAGUUACAGGUCUGUGAGAGCCAGAAAUCGUGGUUGUUUGUAGGUGACCAAAUGCUUAUUUUCCACCAUAAUUUGCAAAUAAAUCCAUUAAAAAUCCUACAAUGUGAUUUUCUGGAGAAAAAAAUUCUCAAUUUGUCUGUCAUAGUUGACGUGUACCUAUGAUGAAAAUUACAGGCCUCUCUCAUCUUUUUAAGUGGGAGAACUUGCCCAAUUGGUGGCUGACUAAAUACUUUUUUCCCCCACUGUAUGUAGUGAAUGACUAGCGACGCUGUCUUGUUAGCAUUUUAUUUCUAUUAUUACGUUAAAUGAUUUGAUGCCUGCCCAAAUUGUCUUGCCUACUCUUUGCCUGGGUGCUUGUCAUUGGCUUUAAUAUUCUCCAUCAAUGCAAAUCCAGAAUCCUCACAAAUUAUUUCAGCUGACUCAGUUCUGAAUAGGUUUUAGUGGGAGACUUGGGGAACCUAAACCUAAAUUCACUCAUGAUUUUUCCCAGUUUUUUCUUCUUCAACUCCUGUGAUAAUUACUCCCAACUCCAAGAGAAAACUUCCUUUGGAAUCUGGUCAAAGUUAUGGCUCCAGCAAGAAACGGAGAUCCAUCAAAAAGAACCUUGGUUUAGAGUUACUACCGAAUGCUCUGUUCGGUGGAAGUUUUACUCCUGGACCAGGUAACAAGGCCCUAUAUAAUCAAAACGGGUGACAACAUUUUUUUAUACAGACAAAAAAAGAGUUGUGUGCUGAGUGUGUUCCUCUUUGUUCCUGUUGUUCAGGUUACCUGGACCCCAGUGCCUCAGAUUCCCUGAACUCCCAGAAUGCGUUGUCCUCAGUUGGGAGGUCCAGCAGGCAGUCUGCCAGCUCUGCAAGGAGAAAGAGCAAACGACUAAGUCACCGGCAUGUUGUCAACAGGUACAUACACUACCGGUCAAAAGUUUUAGAACACCUACUCAUUCAAGGGUUUUUCUUUAUUUUUUAUUAUUUUCUACAUUGUUGAAUACAUCACUUUUCUCUCUGUUGCAUCGGAGGAGAGGCCUUCUUGAAUAUUUGUAUGUAAUUAUGUAUAAUAUGUCUAACUUGACAAUGGUUGAAACGGUAUGCUCACAUGUUCUUGUCUGUUUUUCAGAGUGGAGUCGGGGAAGGCUGGUUGCUUCUCUCCCAAGGUCACCAAGAAAGAAAACGUUUGCAAGUCCCUGCGCCUUCGCUUCAGCCUGGGCAAGAGCAGCAGAGACCCUGUAAGUUCAGAUACCCAUGUAUGACAUGCUGAUUAUCUGCUCCUCAAAUUGGAGGGAAAGACUGCUCUCAAUCCCAGCCUUGAUGACCCCCCUUAGCCUAUUGACUUGAAUUGUAUUAAUCAAAGAUUAAUAAUUUACAGUUAUGCAUUAGGGUGCAAUUGUAAGGUACAAUUUAGCACAGAAGCACUUUCUUAUUUCUAAUAUUUUUAUGUUGUAUUUUUGGCUUUAAUCUUUGGAUUAACUACUUACAUUUUGUCUGUCGAUUUUAUGGCAAUUUGGGCAUGUUCAUGUUUACUUUCAAUAAUGCUUGCUGGGUUAAUAAAUUGAACGAAGCUCAUUUAAGAGAUUAUGAAUUUUUAAUUUUUCCUUUAAAUCAAACAUUCUUGUUUUCAAGAUGAGAAUUCCGUUAUUUCUGCAUGACUGUUCUGUAACAUUUGAAGGAAUGUUUAUACUAAUAAACUAGUGAACCAAGAUCUUUAUAUCCUCAAUUCUAGGAUAUUAAAUAUUAUUUUAGAUUUGUGAAAUCUAACAUUUAAGACUUAAAACAUUUUAAUAUAUUAACCAAAUAUUAUGUUAACAUAAACUAAACUGUAACCUGGUUUGGGUACGACAGUAAUUUUAUAAUGCGUCAUACUGAUGUAUAUUUGCAAUUUAAUAAAACAACAUUGACCAACACAUUUCUUCUGAGUAACUUUUUGCCAUACUCCAAAGACCCUUAAAUUACAAUCCAUCAGAUUGUCAUAUAACUAAACAAGGUUCUAGUGCACGGCUACAUUUAUAUGCUUUACUAAAAAGUAGACGCUUCCAUCCCAACAAUGUCAUUUCUCAUUCCAUGCUGGUGAUUCAGAAAGAGGGUUCAGAGUCCAUUGGUUGGCGACUUGCCACUCAAGAGAGCACCACCGGUUUUCGUUUCACCAAAGAAGCCGAAUUUAGCCUGGCUGUAUUGCGAAACAAGAGCUCGUCGAAUGGUGAGUACCUUUUUUAAAACCUAACUUUUCUAAAUGUACUUUCAUAAUUAAUGUGCUAAGAGCUAAACUAAUGCAUGAAAUGGAUCAGUGUUUGUUAUGUGUUGUCCCUUGGUGGAAGCGAUGUCUGCUACUGCCCCCCCAUUGUGCUCCACAGGCUCCGAGUUCUACAGUAAGUCAGAGGACAACUUGCUGACCCCCCAGUGUGAUGACGGCAGUGCCCUCCGGACAUCCUGUAGCGAGGAGACCCCUGAUGAGGGUCUUGUCUUGAGCGGGGGCUCCUUCACCGACACCCCCAUGAACAUGUGUCUGAAGAACAACUACUACUCUGAGCCUGCCAUCGUGGUGGCUAAACCCCCCAUGGUGGCCAGCUUCCCCAAGAAGCUGUGCUGUGCCUCCAGAGCUGAGAGCCUGGAGAGUGAGGGUUUGUUCAGCGAGUCCCAGACCUUGACCAGGCCCACCUUGCUCAAGAUCAAAGGAGCCUUCACUGAGUCAGGCAGCGAUCUGGAGGCAGUCUCGAGAGACCACAGCGCCCCCUCAGGAGAGGUCAAGCCAUCACAGCCUGAGAACACUCAAACAGAUUCAACUCCUUCUGAAUCUUCAACACUCAAGGGUGCGUCACCAAACAAAGAGAGUUUUAGCAUGCCAACACCUCAGAGGCGUCUGGCUGAUGAUCAGAACAUCACAUUUGGUCAGAUCGCGUUUGUUCCUCUUUCUCCCUUGUCUAUAGACAGCGCCCUGUUUGAAGUGGGAGGGUGUGGCAGUCUGUCAGAGAAGGCCUGUGACCGGUCGCUGUGUGCUGGUGACAGCGGUGACAGAUCUGUGGAGGCAGAGACUGUGGCUGAGCAGGUGUACUGUAGUAGGCUGAUCGAUUCCCUGGACAUCCAGAGCCCUACUCACUUCACACGCAGCAUCGCUGCUGGGGUCCAGUCCACUCCAUACAGAGCUUCCGGGCUGGAGUACUUUCAGGAGCUCAACACCCCUCUUCCCCCCAUGGGUACAGUAUCUGUAAUGGUACAUGAUGAUGAGUCUGUGGCAUCCCCAGAGCCCAGUACCCACCCCCAGAGGCAGGAGAAUCAGCAGGUGGAGCAGCCCUCCCCAGGCACCCUGGAGGCCCGCAGGGUAAGGGUGGCAGACCAUAUCCAGCGCUUCAACAAGCUCAUCCUAUAUUCACCCAAAUCACAGGCCAAAGCAGUCAGGUCCCCCCUCAAGUUCCAGCGUACCCCUGUGCGCCAGUCUGUCCGCAGGAUCAACUCUCUGCUGGUGGACAGGAGGCCUGCACUGGCUGGGAACGCCUCCAGACGGGGCCAGGACACCCCCACCCCUGUAGGGAAGGCUGUCAGCCUGGAGAGUGGCCUGUCUGCUGGGGCUCAGCCCCAGCCUCACCAGUGCCAGGCAGACAACCAUGGAGGCCCCACAAAUGACAAGGGCCGCUCCACAAAAACCUGCCCUCCUCCGGUCCCACCCAAGAAGCCAGCCAGCGUAAUCCGCAAACCCAGGAGUUGCGCUCUGGGUGACGUGACCAACAAGGUACAACCUAAGGCCAAAGGUGACACACCCGUUAAGAACAGUCUAGGAGUUGAAGGUCAGAAGUCUGUGGUGCAGCAGGUGGCUGAGAAGGAUGUGUGUUGCUACAGAGGCUCCCCCAGGAACCCCCUCAACGAUGGUAGACUGCUGUCAGCCACCAAGCCCAUAGACCUCUAGUCAAGUAGAACGUCCCGUUUACCAUGCAGGUCUCCCUAUCUGGACAUAGGCUGUCACUGUAUUACUUCAAAACAUUCCCUUCUAUGUUUUCAGGGGUUUAAAUUAUUUUAAUUUCUAGAUGCUGUUCUCCGUGAGUUGUUUGGGGCGACUGAUCUGAUGUAUGUCAACUUUUUUUUACUCUAUUGUUGGUAAAAGUUUUGCAAAUGCAUAUCAGUGUAAAGGAAUGAGUGUGUUUGUAGUCUGUUAGACUAGUGUGAAAGCCAAAUGCUGAACGGUUGGUUGUAUGGCAGGAAGUUUCGAGAUUUUAUACUUGCUUUUAUUUAUCUUUUCAUUGAGUUCGUCAUUUGGUAAAGAUCUACGAAGGAAACUAUUUCCCCCCCCAAAAAAAACAUUUAAAUGUAUUUUCUUU